AUGCCGCCAAAACGCAUGACAGCAAAUCCUCUAGCGCCUCUGCGCUACCGUCCAGGAAAAGCAGUCGGCCAGGACGAAUCCUCAUCCUCAGAAGAAGAAUCCGGCUCCGAAUCAGAAACCGAGCAACAACAACAAAAGACAACCACAACAAGCGCACCUCCAAAAGCAACCUCAUUCCCGAAAUUCAAUUCAAGUAUCAGUAAAGCUGAGCUUGAGCGACGGAGACAAGAAGCCCAGGCAUCAAGGGCGCGUGAAGCAGAGUUGGCGCAAAAAGCCCAAGAAGGCUUUGAGACUGCAUCAGAGAGUGAAGCUUCUGGCAGCGAGGAAGAAUCCGAGUCCGACGAAGACGAGGAAGACGACGACUCUGAGGAGGAAGCACCAGCCCGUAAAUUCGUCGCUCCGACUUUCGUCUCCAAAGCCCAACGCAAGAACACCGCAACAACAGCACCACAACAAUCCGAAGAAGAGUUAGCAGCAGAGGAGGAACGCAAACGCAAAGAAAAAGCCGACGCCCUCCUCCAAGCCCAAAUAGAAAAAGACGCACAGGCACGAGCAGCAGGCCGCAGAGCCUGGGAUGACGAAGAUCCAGAUGCCAUAGAAGACAUCGACGACACCGACAACCUAGACCCCGAAGCCGAACUCGCAGCCUGGAAACUGCGAGAACUACGUCGAGUCAAGCGCGACCGCGAAGCCAUCGAAGCCGCCGAAAAAGAACGCGAAGAAAUCGAACGACGACGCAACUUAACAGCCGAACAACGAGAAGCAGAAGAUGCAGCACAUAUCGCCGCGCAAAAAGAAGAAAAAGAAGGGAGAGGUCAAGCAGGGUUUAUGCAGAAAUACCACCAUAAAGGUGCGUUCUUCCAGGACGACGAACAACUUGCGGAAAUCUCCAAACGCGAUAUUAUGGGUGCGAAAUUCCAGGAUGAUUCAGGGAAUCGUGAGAUCUUGCCGCAGUAUAUGCAGAUCCGCGAUAUGACGAAAUUGGGCAGGAAGGGAAGGACGAAAUAUAAAGAUCUGAAGGCUGAAGAUACUGGACGGUGGGGUGCUGAUGAUUAUGAUAGAAGAGGCGGUCCUGGUUAUGGAGGUGACAGGUACAGAGACAGAGAAGGGGCUACAGGUGCAAAUGCUUCUGUUGUGGGAGAGAGGCGGAGGAGAGACGAUGAUCGUGGUGGUCGUGAUGAGAAGAGGCCACGCUACGAUUGA